CUGCCGGCGGCGACGGUGGCGGGCCCGGGUUGUCUCGAGGCUCUGGGUGCGGCCAUGCGGCAGCCCGCCGCUCUCCCGGCGCGGCCAGACGGUGCCGAGGGCGGCGCGCAGGCGGGCGGCGGGGGCUGGCUGGACUCGCUGCGCUUCGACAACCUGGCGCUGCGCUCGCUGCCAGUGGACACCUCAGAGGACAGUGGGCCGCGGGCCGUACCCGGUGCCUGCUUCUCCCGGGUGCAGCCUAGUCCUCUGCAGAACCCUCGGCUGGUGGCCAUGUCGUUGCCGGCGCUGGCGCUGCUGGGGCUGAAGGCACCGGCGGACGAUCAGGAGUCGGCGGAGGCCGAAGCGGCGCUGUACUUCAGCGGGAACCGAUUGCUGGCGGGCUCGGAGCCGGCAGCUCACUGCUACUGCGGCCACCAAUUCGGCAGCUUCGCGGGGCAGCUGGGCGACGGCGCUGCCAUGUACCUGGGCGAGGUGCUGAGCCCUCAGGGCGAGCGCUGGGAGAUCCAGCUGAAGGGCGCCGGCCUCACUCCCUUCUCCCGACAAGCUGAUGGUCGGAAGGUCCUGCGCUCGAGCAUACGGGAGUUCCUGUGCAGUGAGGCUAUGUUUCACCUAGGAAUACCGACAACGAGGGCUGGAACCUGUGUCACAUCUGACUCCAAAGUUGUCCGUGACAUAUUUUAUGAUGGGAAUCCAAAAAAUGAAAGGUGUACAGUUGUUCUGAGAAUAGCAUCUACGUUCAUAAGAUUUGGCUCCUUUGAAAUUUUUAAACCUCCUGAUGAAUACACAGGACGCAAGGGCCCCAGUGUUAACCGAAAUGAUAUUCGAAUCCAGAUGCUUGACUAUGUGAUUAGCACUUUCUAUCCAGAAAUCCAGGAGGCUCAUUCAGAUAACAAUAUUCAGAGGAAUGCUGCUUUCUUUAGAGAGAUAACAAAACGGACAGCGAGGUUGGUUGCUGAGUGGCAGUGUGUUGGGUUUUGCCAUGGCGUGCUGAAUACAGAUAACAUGAGCAUAGUUGGGCUGACCAUCGACUAUGGCCCUUUUGGGUUUAUGGACAGAUAUGACCCUGAGCACAUCUGCAAUGGGUCUGAUAACACAGGACGCUAUGCUUACAACAAGCAGCCAGAGAUUUGCAAGUGGAACCUGGGGAAGCUUGCUGAAGCUCUAGUUCCAGAGCUGCCCUUGGAAAUAAGUGAACUCAUUCUGGAAGAGAAGUAUGAUGCCGAAUUUGAGAAACAUUAUUUGCAGAAGAUGAGGAAAAAGCUAGGCCUAAUCCAGCUGGAAUUAGAAGAAGAUAGUAAGCUGGUGUCUGAACUCCUCGAAACCAUGCAUCGCACAGGUGGAGAUUUCACAAAUAUUUUCUGCUUGCUGAGUUCAUUCUCAGUAGACCCUGAUCCUUCAAACGUGGAAGAUUUCUUAGAAAAGCUUACAAAUCAAUGUGCUUCUGUGGAAGAACUAAAAGUUGCUUUCAAGCCACAGAUGGAUCCAAGGCAACUAUCAAUGAUGCUCAUGCUGGCUCAGUCUAAUCCUCAGCUGUUUGCAUUAAUUGGAACAAAAGCCAAUAUAAACAAAGAAUUAGAACGGAUUGAGCAAUUCUCUAAACUGCAGCAGUUAACUGCAGCUGAUUUACUCAGCAGAAAUAAAAGGCACUGGAAAGAAUGGCUGGAAAAAUACAGAGUCCGUUUGCAAAAAGAAAUAGAAAGUGUUAGUGAUGCUGAUGCCUGGAACACUGAUCAUGUGAAAGUCAUGAAUUCAAACAAUCCAAAAUACAUCUUGAGAAAUUACAUUGCCCAGAAUGCCAUAGAAGCAGCUGAAAAUGGGGAUUUCUCAGAGGUAAGAAAUGUCCUGAAACUCUUGGAGAAUCCAUUCCAAGAAGCAGAAGAUUUUGAGGAGAUAAAAGAAGGUACAGAAGAGGAAGGAGCAAGUGCUGCAGCAGCUGCUUGUGCUCAAGAGACCAGAAGCAGACUACCAUACUGCAGUAAACCUCCUCUCUGGGCUUCAGAGCUCUGUGUUACAUGAUCUUCAUAACUGCCUUGUUUUGUUUUUCACUGUAAACUGAAGAUUCUGAUCCUUCUUCAGCAGUGAAGAAUUCAGCAAGGCAAACUAAGUGCUAUUAAGUUAUUGAAACAACCCUGCAUUUGGAUGCAUCUGCCACAGUCUUAAAAUCUGCUUAAUUUGAAGCAGUCAUGGGUCAUUGGAACAAACCAAUGACAACCAACAGUCCAUAUAUGUCAUUAAUUUACACGUUCUGAGAUUGAAAGUAUUUCCUUUAAUUGUUCCACACUGCAAGCAGAAAGCAAUAUUUAUGUUGAGGCAGGCUGAAUUUCAAACAUCCAAAUGGAGUUGUUGUGUGAAGACAAAAGCAGCAAGUCAGGAAUCUGAUCUGUUUUUGUCUGAUGUCUUAACUAAUAGUACUUCUAACAUUUAUUUACUGCUUUUUCUAUGCAGGGACUUUUUGUCCUCUUUAAUGGAGGAAUAGAUUCAGUAUUGCUUGUUUAAAGCUAUGUUUCAUUUAAUUAAGUAGUUCAUUUCUUGUGAACCUUCAGAUUGAUAUUUAAUCAUUAACUAUUUUCAGAGAACUAGUACAGGCCAGGGUUUGGGGGAGAGCAAUUGAAUUAUUUUCUUUUUUAAUAUAUUAAGAGCAGA